GUACUAAUCGUUUAGUCAGAGGUAGACCAUUGUCGAGGUUAGCUGACAUUGUAUUGAAAAGAAAUUAAUUUGACAAAAUUUUCCAUAUUUAAUUAUUGUUUUAAAAAAAUUUCACACAAAACAACGACGUUUUUUUUCGUUUAUCAUACAAUAACUCCUACAGUUUCUCGACACAGCUUUGUUUCUCGACGAGUAUAUUUAGGAAAAAAUCGACGGAAUUUAAACAUCGAUUUUAACUGCAAGUAAGGUCUGAUAUGGGAAAAAUUCAAGUGUUUAAAUGAGAUGAUGAUUUUGUAUGUGGAACUUUUAUGGAAAAGUAAUUAACUUUGAUAGUGGAUGCAGUGCUACUCUCACUCUAAUAAGAAACUGUUGCUCCAACUGAAGUGCUUAUCGAGACAAACAAAAAUUGUGCAAAUAAUAAGAAAACACAAUAUCCCCGAUGAUGGAUGAAAAAAACACAACUACUCAAGCUGUAGCUGAACAGCCCGAUAAUGGAGCCGAAGAAACUGAUAGUCCAGCAGCAAAACAAGAACGCAGGGAAUGGUCGAACAGUUUAGAGUUUCUGAUGUCUUGUAUUGCUACCAGUGUUGGCUUGGGAAAUAUUUGGAGGUUUCCAUUCACAGCAUACGAAAAUGGUGGAGGUGCAUUCCUCAUUCCAUACAUAAUUGUCUUAUUUUUAAUCGGCAAGCCUUUGUACUACCUUGAGAUGUUUCUCGGUCAAUUCACUAGUCGAAGUUCAGUAAAAAUCUACAACUUCUGUCCAGCGUUCAGAGGAAUCGGAGUUGGUCAAAUACUUGCUACAAUUUGUGUUGUUACCUACUAUACGUCUCUUAUCGCUCUGACGAUAUAUUAUUUUAUCUCGUCUUUUGCGAAGGAACUGCCGUGGUCAACAUGUUUGGAGGAAUGGGGACCUGAUUGUGUAAACUCGAGACCAAGAUUUUUCGGUAACAUAACUCCCCAUGCAGAUAACUCUACUGAACGACAAAGUAGUAGCUCGGAGAUAUAUUUUUUGCAAUACGUACUGAAGGAGAAAAGUGACAUAAGUGACGGUAUCGGUUGGCCUGAUUGGAAAUUAACUUUAUGCUUGUUGGGAUCUUGGGUCGUGGUGUGCCUUAUAAUUGUUAAAGGUGUCAAGAGUUCGGGGAAAGCUUCAUAUUUUUUGGCAUUGUUUCCAUACGUAGUUAUUAUAAUCCUGUUGGUGCACGCGUGCACGUUAGAAGGAUCGGUAAAUGGAAUUUUAUUCUUCCUCAAACCACAGUGGGGCGAACUACUGAAUGCAAAGGUUUGGCAUGCUGCAACUACACAACUAUUUUUUUCGCUCUCUACUGGUAUGGGACCUAUCAUAAUGUUCUCAUCUCACAAUAAGUUUUCUCAUAACAUUUAUAGAGAUGCUAUGAUUGUGACAACGCUGGAUACAUUUACGAGUUUAAUGGCCGGUCUGACUAUUUUCGCUAUACUGGGUAAUUUGGCCCAUAAUUUGGGAAUCGAAGAUAUUACAACGGUGAUUAAAUCAGGCACUGGACUAGCCUUCAUUUCAUAUCCUGAUGCAAUAUCCAAAUUUGAAGUAGUGCCUCAGCUCUUCGCAGCAUUGUUCUUCUUCAUGCUCUUCACACUCGGAGUGGGUUCCGCAGUGGCUUUGCAGAGUGCCAUUGUCACCGUUAUUGUUGAUCAGUUCCAUUGGAAACAUUGGAAAGUUGUGAUAGGCGCAUGUACCGGUGGCUUCCUUGUGGGACUGGUAUACCUUACGCCGGGCGGUCAAUGGAUGUUGAACUUAGUCGAUUACUACGGUGGCACGCUCCUUAUCUUUUGUCUAGCUGUUUUCGAAACAGCUGGAAUGUUUUGGAUUUACGGUCUGGAAAACUGUUGCUGGGAUAUCCAAUUUAUGACCGGUCGAAAAACGUCACUAUACUGGAGGCUAUGCUGGGCAUUCAUUACGCCUGUUCUGAUGGCCGUUAUUUUCAUUUAUUCCAUGGCUACGAUAAAACCACUACAAUACAGUGGCUGGGAUUAUCCUGUAUCGCUUACCGCGAUUGGUUGGGGCAUAUUUGGUCUCGGCAUCAUUCAAUUUCCCUUUUGGGGAAUAUGGCGCAUCGCACGAACGGCGAAACUAUCGACCUGGGAAGCAACAAAAGAGUCACUGAAACCGAAUAAAAAAUGGGGACCUGCCGAUCCGGAGAAAUAUUUGGAAUGGCAACAAUUUAAGAAAGAUGUCAAAGAAAAACGGAUAAAGGAAGCUGAAUUGAAACAGCAUUCAUAUUUGAGGCAAAAGUUGUACAUAUUCUUAGGAAAAUACAAAUAAAUUUUGAGUGAAAGUC